AUGGUGAACCUUUUCACUUUACAGCUUAUGAGUGCCAAAAACAUCAUGCAGAAUGCAUUAACAGGGCAGCGUCCUGGAAAAGUCAAACUUCCAGCUGUCACUGAACUUCUGGAGCAUGAGGUUUCUCUGGAGAUCUGUCUGGACACUGCAAAGUUGCUUCUUGAACACGAGAGAGAAGCCAUCGGAUUUGACUUUCUGAAAUCAGCAUCUCAGCUGUUUGAAAGAUCCCCGGAUGCUGGCAGAGUCCUUCUCUUUCGGAUCGAACUCCUGUUACAGAGAAGGAAGGAGCCACUUGCCAAGGGAAUGAUUGAAGAUGCCAUUGCGGCACACAGCAUAGGAAAGCAACUGCCUCCUGAAAUACUCAACCGUUUACACCUUGUUUUGUGGGACAGAGCAGCUAAGAGUUACGAGUCCAAGAGCUAUCCUGAAGCCCUUCAGUGGUACAACUACUCUCUCAGCUUUUAUGCAUCUGGAGAGAUAGACCAGCAGAACCUGGCAAAACUAUACAGAAACAUGGCUGCUUGCUAUCUCCACCUGAAAGAGCCUGGCGAGGCUAAUGAGGCUGUAAAGAAGGCUGAAAGAUACGACCCAAAUAGCAUCUUCACUCACUUCUAUGUUUAUAAAAUAGCAGUCUUAGAGAAAAAUACCCCCAAAGCUUGGGAGGCGUUCGUAGCAAUGGAGAAAUCGGCUGCAGAGUUCACAGUAGGCAAAGCCCUCACGGAAGGAUCUAUGGCCGCCAACCUUCUGAACUUAGCAGCUCAGUUUGCCUUGGAGAAUGAUCAACAGGUCAUGGCUAUUAAAGCCUUGGAGUAUUUAUCUCAACACUUGGAGGAUUGCCUGCAAGCGCUUACAGCAGUAAAGUGUUUGAUUCGACUUACAUUGUCGAAAGUGACAUCUGAAGAAGAGACGAUUAAAGAUAUGGAGACACUCCUAUCAUACUUGACAGCAGCUCACCGUAGACUUGAUGAGCUGCACAAAGAGGAAAAGGAGUUGCUGGAGAUCAGGGCCAGUGAAGCUCAGUGGUUCAGAAAGAUAGCUUGGAACUUGGCUGUGCGAUGUGAGGGCUGCUUAAAAGUGAUGAGAGGUUUCUUUAUAAUAUCCUUCAAGUUCUCCCAGUUUUGUCCCCUUGAUAAAGCAGUCCUGCUCGCUCAGAGAACGUGCCUGCUCAUGGCUGCUGCGGUGAAUCUGGACAUAAGCCGAAGCAAUUUGCUUCCUGCUGAUGAGGUAGAACUUGAAAGGAAUUCAAAGGUUAACUUUUGCAUUUUAGGACUAAUUUCCUCCUCAGGAAAGGCCUGCGAUUUCCCCAAGGACCCCACAGAUACAAUAUUACAGCUUUAUGAAUUUGAAGCCAGCGCCAAGCUGAAUUCCCCUGCCGUGCCCAGGCUGCUGGACGAAGUGCUGGCGCUUCCGCAGGUGGAGAUCAAGACUCUGCAAACCAUUGCUUCCCUGGCCAUGGAACCUCCCGCUCACUAUCCCUCCGUGUGCAAGAGGGCCCUCAGGAUGAUCUUGACUCUCCUCAGGAAAGGUGAAUCGAUUGAUGCCGUCGCCUACAGCAAAUGCCUGCACAGCUUGGUCCACCUUUCCCUGCCCUCCGGCCCCAUUGAGGCAGAUGUGUGUGUGCUGGAGGAGGCCUGGGCCUGUUUCGAAGACGCCCUGACCGUGUUGGACAACACAUCCAGUUAUCCAGAGGUGGAGAUAAUCUGGCUUAUGACUAGAGCUUGGAAUACAGGAAUAUACCAGUACUGUGCUGGGAAAUAUAAGGAGGCAGAGCAAUGGUGUGGCCUAGGAAUGCGGUUCUUGGCCUACCUGGGGACUUUGAAGGACAGCUACGAGAACCAGAUGGUCGGAGUUUACGGUGAGGUGCUGGACAAACUGGACAAAGCAAAGGGACUCCAUUCCAAAGAAGAGUGA